AUGGCUCAUACCCAGUUAUUCUCAGCUAAUGAGAUAACCCAAGCCAUUGAGUAUAGCCGUUGGCUAAUAGGCAUGGAAAACUGUCAUAAUGGAUGGACCAAGGCCAAUAUAACUGGACUUAACGAGUUUAUGUCUUCCAAUUUGUUUGGCCAGCCAUUUGUACAUUCCAUCGUAAUAAGAUCACUCCACAAUCAUUUAUUGGAUUUAACAUCACAAAAACCUCUUGUUUUAUCAUUCCACGGACCUACAGGAACAGGGAAAAAUUUUGUUGCCAAAAACAUUGCAAAAUAUGUAAUGGGAAAAAAUAAAAGCAGAUUUGUACAUACUUUUAUAUCAACAUUGCAUUUUCCGAGUCAAAAUUUGAUUGAGGAAUACAAAUCUCAGUUGGCUGCUUGGAUUACUGGGAAUCUCACUAUUUGUCCUUAUUCAAUUUUUAUUUUUGACGAAAUUGAACGAAUGCCGCCAACAUUGUUAGAUUCGGUUACGGGAUUUAUGGAUUAUUCUGGAGUUGUUAAUAAUGUCGACUAUGGAAAGGCAAUUUAUUUACUUUUAAGCAAUUCUGGGUCAGGCUUUAUCAUAAAUCGGACCGUUGAACUGUUUAUUCAAGGAUAUAGUCGAAAUUCAAUCAAAUUUUCUCAAAUUGAGAACUUUAAAAAUAAUCCUGAUGUUACUCAAGAAAAUUUGGCUCAGCGGUUUAAUAUGCCUAUUGGAGUGAUCAAUUCAACGUUGAAGAAAAUGCAAUUGUAUGGAUCAAGGCGUCACAAACAAAAAAAGAAUAUUACAUUUAAAAGUUGUACUGAUAAGAUAUAUGACCAUGGAUUCAGAACAAACGUUUCUGUAAUCACACCAUAA